AUGGCAUCAUUUGAUAACCAAUCCCUAUGGUCUGAAAUUGACAUUCUGAAGUUGCUGGAAUGCAGGAAGAAGAAUAUCCCAUUAGAUGACUUCAGUGAAUUAAAAAACAGCCAAGCAGACCUAAAUUGGAACAAUGUAGGUUUUGGACAGUUUUCAGGAGAAAUGUGCAAACAGAAAUGGAUGGAGAUUUAUUGUAAUUUAAGGAUGUUUGGCACACUGAGAGAAUUGCUGGAAGCCAAGUGCUUAUGGAAAAAAACUUGCAAAAAUGAUAUAGUCAAGCACCAUCCUGACAGACUCAGAAAACCCUGGACUGCUUAGUUGUUUUAUUUUACAAGGAACAGAGAGCCAAUACUGCCAGAUGUACCCUAGGUACAGUUAACCAAAGUCCUGGCUGAGAAAUACCAUCAGCUGCCAGAGGAGAUAAAGCAGAGAUAUGUCCGAUUCAAGAAGGAGAAGCGAGCCUUUUAGGAAAAGAUGACUCAAUUUAAGGAAAAUCAUCUUGUUUCAGGGCAUCCUAAGAAAUCUGUGGUGCCCCGCAGUCACCAAACCAAAGUCUCUAAGAAGUCACAAGGAGAUAUGAAAAACAAAGUCUCUUCUAAACAUGGCAUUUCCCAAACAUUUUCUUCAGACAUGAAAUUUCAGGGAGAACCCAAAUUUCAUCAAGAUUCAUGGUCAAGUUUGGAGUUGAGGCAUCUGUCCUUGGGGUGUGCUAGAUUGAGAAGGCAUUGGCAUCCAGUCCCAGAGUACCUGAAAGAGCAUUAUAGCAGAUAGGUUGAGGGGCUACAGAAACAAUACUGGAUGGGGCUGGACCUCUGGCUCAAGGAACUGUCACCAGAGGGAUGUGCUGCAUACAAAGAGGCAAGGGUCACCUGUGGUAAGCAAAAAAUCAUGAGCAUGUUUCGAGGCAGAAGCUACAAGUUUGGACGAACAGGAUCUGUUGGAAAGGUAGAGGAGCUGCUGGAUCCCAGGGCAGAUUCUUCAGUGAAUAAUCAGGGCCAUCAUGAUGGCUCCCAGGUAUCCAUGCAAGGUAUGAUAGAUGAUAUUGACGAGGAAGACUCUAGCAACGCCUCGGAUUCUAGCAGUACAGAUGAUGAUGACGAAAAUCUUUGUCAUGGGAACAUCACGAUUAAACUGCAUUUUAGUCACUUUCAUGUUCUCAAUCAUUGUUUAAAACCAUCCAAGCAAAACCCAAGACAUUUCCUACAGAUAAGGAAUUGUCCUCUCUGUGUUUUUGUACUUCCUUGCUUUUCUCUCCUACAGCCUUUGCUUACUAAACACAAAGGAGUGCAGUAUGGGGAGAAGGGAGUUUGCCAAACUUUGAAUAAAGCAACGAAAUCUCUGGUCUCCGGUAGUGUGGCCCCACAGAGACGCCUUGCCUCACAGAGGACUACUGUAGCUCCUAAGAGGGGCCCCAGCAUGGUGCAAAAGAAUCCUGGUGCGGGCAAUGGAGAUGAUGAAGCAGCCGAAUUGAUGCAGCAGUAUUGA